CUUUUUGCUUGCCUUUGCCAGUAUCCUUUUUGUAUAGCAAACAGAAAAAACAUCUGAUCCAUCACUACGUUGUUUGGUGGUGAGUUUCACAGCCGAAAAAAACUAAGUUACAAAGUAACUAAACACAAAAAUCAUUAUCCUUGAAAAAAAUUUUCGCAACAAGUUGGAUGCCAAACGUAAGCUAAACGUAAGACAGAUGCUAAAAAAUCAUGAAUGUUAUCCACGAUAAUGGAACGAAAACAACAACAACAAAAAAAGCUUCUUGGAUAACCAAAUUGGAUAAUAAUAAUAAUAUUAUGAAAAUUACCGAAAAUAUUUUUGAUGAUAAAAAUUUCGAAUUUAAAAUUCCCGAAACAUUACCAGCCAAUGUUGAUGAUUUCAUCGAUGAAGGUUCAUCAUUAUCAUCAACAACAUCGACAUUAAAUAUUGAACAAUCACAAUUAUCAUCGAAUGAUCAAUCAUCUGGAUAUUAUCUACGAAGUAAAUGUUGUUCAAAUAAUUGUUGUAAGGCUGGAAUACUUCUUUCUGAUCAUCAUCGACAACAUAGAAAAAAUCAAAAACGUAAAAAAUCGAAAAGAAUAGCCAUUACGGAUGAUGAUGAUACAGAUACCGGUGAUGAUUCAUUAGCAUCAACAUCAAUAUCAACAAUACAUUUAUCCGAAUUUGAUACUGAUAAUGAUGAUUUUAUCGAUAAUAAUAAUCGAUCAUCAACACCAAAAAAACAAUUCAAAAAAAUUAAAUUCGAUUCUAAGUUGAUCGAACAACAACAACGAGAAGAAUUUAGUUCGAAAAAAUCUAAACGUUCGAAUAUUUUUCAUAGCCAAAACAUCAGCAGCAGCCGAAAAUCUUCUAAAAAAACAAUUAAAUUAAUUGACAAUAACCAGAUUAUCAGUAACAAAAAUCAAAAUAAAAAUAUCUUAAAGCAACAACAACAUCGAAAGCAAAAACAAAAUUUGUCGCCAAUUCAACUUCAAUUGCAACAACCAGAUGCAGCAAUAACUGAUGCAGCAGCAUUGUCGUCGUCAAUAGCAGAAGCAGCAGCAACAAAAACUCAUCCGGAUAAUCAACAACAAAUAAUUGUUCGUCAUGGUCAUCAUUUAAUUUUGGAUGAUAAAAGUGAUCAGCAACAACAAUCUAUAUCGAUUGAUAAAAUUGAUGAAUCGAAUCAGAAUCGAUCAUCACCAUCAUCAAUCGAUUGUUUUGAUGAUCAAAAAUUUUCAUUAUUAAAAAACAAAAAAUCCAAACGACGACGUUCAAUUGAUGAAGAAAUUCAUCAACGUUAUAAACAUUAUCUGCAAUUAGAAACUGAUUUAAAAGAUCAAAAUAAAACUGAUUAUACAUAUGCACAUAGUUAUAGUUAUUCACCAUUAGUUUCACAACGUUUGUGGUAUAAUUGGACAGUGCCAAACAUGUCAAGACAAUCAAUUAGACAUAAUAAUCAUCAACAACAUCGAUCAUCACCGAAUAAAAUACCUGAAUUAUUACAAUCAGAUAUGAUUAAACGACGGUUUGUUGAUAAUAUACCAAUUUCAACAAUUCAACCAACAGCAACUAAUACACAAUCAUCAUUGACAACACGUAGGAUUAUAUCAUCAUCUACUACUUAUCAGCAAAAUGUUGGUAAUGAAACACAUUUUGUUAGGCCACGUAUUAUUGAAUAUCAUCAACAUCAAAAUCUUAAUGAUCAACCAUUACAUUCAACACCAUUGAAACCUAUACAAUUUGAUUCGGGAUCAUCAUCAUUAUCAUCGCAACAACAACAAUCGAUUAUUAAUAAAACAAUAACAACAGUAAAAGGAUCAUCAAAUAUUGAAUUUUCUGAUGAUGAAGAUGAUGGUCGACUUAUAAAUAAUGAAGCUCAUGUUGAUAAAGAUGGUGGUGAUGGUGGUACUGAAGAUUUAAAUCAAACUGUUCGUCAUACAAUGACAUUACGUUCGAAACCAAUUGAAGAAAAUAAUGGUAAAAUGAAAUCAUUACCAAAACAACGUUUAUUGAAAAGAUCAUCAACAAAUGCACGAAUCAAUGAUCAUUAUCUUGGUCAAUAUUCGGAAGAUGAUAAUGGAUUUGAAGAUGAUAAUGAAGAUGAAGAUGAAGAAUUAACAAUUAUUCGACGAAUACAUAGAUUUUUUAUUACAACUGUUCGUCAUAUACCAUUUGUUAAUUCAGUGGUUAACGAUAAUGUUCAACCACCAUUAUCAUCAAUAUCAAAUAAUCAUGAUUUAAAUGAAACUUAUAUAUCAUCAUCAUCAUUACCAUCACCACCAACAACAACAAACGCUUAUAAUUCAAGAUUUUUCCCACAAAACAGCAGUAGUCGAUGGUUUCGUCGACGAUUUUCUAAUCAAAAUUAUUAUCAAAAUAUUGAUGAUGGUGAUGAUGAUAGAGUGAUGCAAGAUUCAUCUAAAUUAGGAUUUUGGUCACCAAGUUUUUGUCUUCGAUUUUCACUUGGCCUAUUUUUAAUUUUAUUUUUAUUACCAUUAUUGAUAAGUUAUUUGUUGGGAUCUGGAUCAUCCUAUUAUAAUAUGUUACAAUGGACUACGAAUGCUAUUGAUUUACGUUCAUCACCCUCAUCAUCCUUAUCAUUUUUUGAUUAUUUUUCAUCAUUUUUAAUAUGGCCAAGUUUUUUAUCUUUGAAUUCAUUACCAAAAUGGUCAUUGUUUUCAUCAUCUCCAUCAUCAUCGUCAUCGUAUUCACCGCCGGCUGGUGAAUCCUAUCUUUUUGAUCGUCGUAUUUUUGAUGCCGAAAUUUCUGCCUUACGAAAAGAACUUUUAUCAUUGAAGGAAAUGAAUCAACAACAACGUCAAUUGGAUUCUGCUUCCGUGCCAACAGUAAUUGAUCCACAACUUGUCGAUCGUCGUAUUCAUGAAUUGGAAUCACAAUUAACAACUUGUUGCAGUCGUUCGAAUAUUUCUUGGGAUCAAAUUCGUCAUGAAAUUGAAAAUCAUUUGGCAAAAAAUUUCGAUACGAAACUGUCCAAGAUGCAGCAACAUUAUGAUGAAGAAUUAAAAUCACAAAUGGAAAAUAUUCGUGUGAAUACUAUUCGAUUAUUCGAUGAAUAUCGUAAUCGUGUGGAUAUGAAUCUUUCUUCUGUUAUUGAUCAGAUUCGUUCGGAAUUAAUUGCCAAUCAUCAAAAUCAAUUGAAGCAACGUCAGCAGCAGCAGCAGCAGUAUGGUAGUUCGAAUUUAACACCAAUAACCACUACAGCCGAUGUAGAACGAUUGAUUGAAAAAGCAUUGGCAAAAUAUGAUGCAGAUAAAACCGGUGAAGCUGAUUUUGCUUUGGAAUCUUCCGGUGGCUGGAUUAUGAAAACACGAUGUUCCGAAUCAUAUGAAUUAUCAUGGGGAACAUAUAAACUAUUUGGAAUGACAAUUUGGCGUUCAAUCAAUAGUCCACGUGUUGUUAUACAAUCAGGUGUUGUACCUGGAGAAUGUUGGUGUUUUGCCGGUUCGGAAGGACGUUUAGGUAUACAUCUUUCCGCACGUAUAAUACCAACAGCUUUUAGUUAUGAACAUAUACCAUCGAAAUUAUCACGUGAUGGUCAUAUAAAAUCGGCUCCAAAUCAUCUUAUUGUUUAUGGUCUGCGACAUGAAAUGGAUUUAGAUCCAAUACAAUUGGGUGAAUAUUAUUAUCAAAUUCCUGAUGAUAAUGGUGAUGAUGGAGAAAAUUCUAUUCGUCCAUUGCAACGAUUCAUCGUACAGAAUACUGAAGCAGCCAAACAUACAUUCGAUAUGAUUGAAUUGAAUGUUAAAUCUAAUCAUGGUCAUCCUGAUUAUACUUGUUUAUAUCGUUUCCGUGUACAUGGUAUACAUCCGUCCAUUACGAAUGAAUGAAUGAAUUUCAUUCUUGAAUAUUGAAGAAUCUUAUAACAAUAUAUCAUACCAAAAAAAAUCUUCACAUCAAAUAUGCUCAUCAUCAUCUCUAUAAUCUUAUCAUUUAUUUUUACUAUAGUGAUCAACAGCAAGUGUCAU